GGCCGGGCUGAGGCGGGCGAGCCCCGGUGUUGAGCGGCCGUUACUCGCCGCUGUCGGGGUUUUCUAGCUGUGCAUCUCUAGGGCUUGCACUUUGCCGCUGGUGUCUCCUCACAGCACCAGAACUAGCGGUCCCUGAAGAGGAGCGUGCGGCUCUUCUCCCUCCCCAUCUGGGAAUCGGUCCCCCACCGUCCCGCGCUUCUUGCUGUGGGCAGUGGGAAUGUGCUGGCAGUUCGGCGGUGCCCGUAUGGCUACAGGGGACGUGUCAGCCCCGGAUGCCUUCCAAGGAGCCUCGUGGUGUAGAGGCAAAAGCAAGGGAUGUGGAACUCUUAAGCGGGAGCACCGUACACCGUGAAAAACGCCUGUCUGAGGUCUUAGUCUGAUUCACUGCGAAACCUCUCCCACCUGCAGCCUUGAUCAAUAGAGGAGGCAGUUCCAGAAAGGUUGAAGAGGAUGAAUAUGAAGAUGGAACAACCAACCAAAAAUGGGUUUUAGCUCCAAAAACACAAGACACAGAUGUGACCUUGAUACUAAACAAGCUGUUGAGAGAGUAUGACAAAAAACUACGGCCAGAUAUUGGAUUAAAACCAACAGUUAUUGAUGUUGACAUUUAUGUCAACAGCAUUGGUCCUGUAUCAUCAAUAAAUAUGGAAUAUCAAAUUGAUAUAUUUUUUGCUCAGACGUGGACAGACAGCCGUCUUCGCUUCAACAGCACCAUGAAAAUACUGACUCUGAACAGCAACAUGGUUGGUUUGAUCUGGAUCCCAGACACAAUAUUUCGGAACUCCAAGACAGCAGAAGCACACUGGAUCACCACCCCAAACCAGCUCCUCCGGAUAUGGAAUGAUGGAAAGAUCCUGUACACCCUCAGGCUUACCAUCAAUGCUGAGUGCCAGCUGCAGCUACAUAAUUUCCCAAUGGAUGAACACUCGUGUCCACUGAUAUUCUCGAGCUAUGGCUACCCUAAAGAAGAAAUGAUUUACAGAUGGAGAAAAAACUCAGUGGAGGCUGCUGACCAGAAGUCUUGGAGACUCUAUCAGUUUGACUUUAUGGGUCUCAGAAAUACUUCAGAAAUUGUGAACACCUCUGCAGGUGAUUAUGUAGUCAUGACUAUAUACUUCGACUUAAGUAGAAGAAUGGGAUACUUCACUAUUCAAACAUACAUUCCCUGUAUAUUAACUGUUGUUCUUUCCUGGGUGUCCUUUUGGAUUAAAAAAGAUGCCACACCAGCAAGAACAGCAUUAGGAAUUACUACAGUGUUGACCAUGACAACUUUGAGCACCAUUGCGAGAAAGUCAUUACCCCGUGUCUCCUAUGUCACCGCUAUGGAUUUGUUUGUGACUGUAUGCUUUCUAUUUGUAUUUGCUGCUCUGAUGGAGUAUGCAACCCUCAACUACUACUCCAGUUGCAGGAAACCAAACUGUACUAAGAAGAAAAAGUCGCUACCUGAUGUCAGUUUUGGUCAUGUGAUGAAUUAUUCUGUACUUGAUAUGAGACCACCAACUACAGUCAUUACAUUGAACAAUGCCAUGUAUUGGCAAGAAUUUGAAGAGGCAUGUGUCUAUGAAUGUCUGGAUGGGAAAGACUGCCAGAGUUUUUUCUGUUGUUAUGAAGAAUGUAAAUCAGGCUCAUGGAGGAGAGGACGGAUUCACAUAGACAUCUUAGAAUUGGACUCUUACUCUAGGGUCUUCUUUCCUACAUCCUUCCUGCUCUUUAACCUGGUCUACUGGGUUGGAUACCUCUAUCUUUAAAAGUUGCCUGUAGUGGUGAAGAGUGCUGUGUUUUCACACGGAGGAGAGAUGGUGAAAGUGCAGCAAAAGUGAAGGACACGGUCAGUUUCAUCUCAAUUUAUAAAGGCCACAUUAACCUUCACCGUCACAGAGUGUGAUGAAGAAUUUUAAUUGCCUAAAAAAGAAAAAACAUGGAAGAAUUAUCUCCUUAAUGCUAUUCAUUUUAAGGGAAAGAUUCUUAAAAAUUCAGCUGAAUUUGUAGUGUAAGCGAUGUUUAUGAAUAAUUAUUGUAUAUUAGAAUUCUUACUAUUCUCCCUUGACAUAGAAGCUAUACACAAUUCAGUCAAAGGUUAAGUAUGUCAUUUUUGUUCCUCAUUCCCAUAGUUUCUUCAAAAUGCUGCCAUAUCCCUGAGGCUCAGAGCAACACACACUGGCACUAGCAAAUAAGCUAAAGCCAAUGAAACUACACAUUUGUAUUUAAACUUACUUGAGCUAUGUCCCAUAGGUUCUGGGAAAUAUUUUCUUGAUGAUCUCCUUGCUAUAGAGAAACCAUCAAAAGACAGUAAUAUGCGUCUCUGGUGAGAUCAGAAUAGAGAAGUUACGUUCUGUUAAGGUCUGGGAAUCAUGGAAUUAGCUGCUUACCUACAUGUAUUUGUUUUAAUUUGAGGUGAAAAUAGCGCUAAUAUUUUGAUAUAAAUAAACAACUUGCCUAUCUCUGAGGCAGUUGUAGGCAUAACUUCUACAGUUUUUCAAGAUUUUAACUGUCUUUUUUAUGACUGGUUAAACACAGGAUGGUCAUUGAUUUCUAAAGCACUUCUUCUUGAAGCAGGACAAUAUCCUUCUUGUUUGUGUCACUGUAGCAGAUCACAGUUGAUAGGCCAUGAGUAAAAAUCACUAUAAUAGCACUAGUAAUACGUGACUUUCUUCAGAUUGAAGUAUACUAAAAAGUGCCCUCAUUUGUAUACAUUCUUAUUUUUUCUCUCAAUGUUAUUUUAUAAAAUUAAAAAAAAAAAAAAAAUUGCCAAAGGACAUUUUUAUUUCUUACGUAAAGUUAAAUAUUGCAGACCUUAUCUACGUUCCCUGGAUCUGACCUGACAAUUGAAUACUUUUUUGAAAACUCAACUGUCACCCUUGGAUUAAAGGUGGAGUAGUUGCCACAUGUAGCAAAGGUUGAAAGGAUUUUUCCUGAACUACCAACUGUGUUUUAGUCUAGAAACUUAUUUUGUAUUUUUCAAACUUUUGACCAUUAAAUUCUUACAAUGCACAUUUUUUAGAGAAAUUUUGGUUUUCAUUGUCAAACUGAAUUGCUUCUUCUGCAGACUGUCUCAAUUAUUGUUUUUAAGCAAAGAAAGCAUUCAAAAAUCAGUAAAAAGGACUUUCGAUGGCAAAUAGUUACAAAGUGGUAAUGAUAAAACAGACCUAAAAACUAAAUUGUUCUUUUUUCUCUUCUGAAAGACUUGAUAAUUUUUUUUCUCACCUCAAAAGAAAAAAAAAACGAAAAGAAAAGAAAAAAAAGAAGAGAAAAGAAAAGAAAAAAAAGAGAAGCAGAUUUGAUUGAAAAGCAGUUCCUUUUCUCCUCUAAAGGAAAACAGAAAUGCUGUCAUGUUCUUUGGAACAUCACUGCCUGUCAAUGCUGUUUCCCUGUGUUUCCAGUGAAUUUUAGUGUAGAAAAAUUACUAAUAAGAAAGAUAAAUGCAGUUUAUCUUCUGUUUUUCACUUGUCCAAAAUAUCAGAAACUAGAGAUGGGUUUAGAUGGGGGAAGGGAACCACUUCUCCAAAGACUGAAAGCAAAAGAAGCAAAGAGAAGAAAUAUUUGUGGGCAGUAUCAAAACCUUAGUCUUUACAAAACCUCUGAUGACCUGAUUUCAAAAUACAUCUUGAAUCUUUUGGUAACUGUCAGUAGCAAAUUACCCUGUAAACCUAUUAUCCUGUAAUCCUCUGUGUCCUGCAUUGUAAGCGUGGCUUUCAUUGAAGGAGAGUUACAUAUUCAGUAGUGCUAGGAGGAAAUUAAACUGAACUUGAAUAUCCUGAUCUUUAAUUACAAUGUAAUCAAUGACAGCCACCUAUGGCUGUAUUUUACAAGAAUACCAGGAGUACCUCAAGCCUAAAUAAGAAUUUGGAAACAGUUAUCCUUUGGGGGCCAGAUCCUGCAAAACCUCUCCACAGUUGUUUAAUUUUGGUGGGAGUGUUUAGACAGAUGAGAUGUGUGAACGUAGGUUCCACCAUUAAGUCUUGGAUAGGUAAAGUGAGGUUUAUUUAGCAGUUGUAUAUCUGAGUGACUGUCGCAGGAGUAAGUGUAGAAGUGAUCUCAUUUUCGUCUGUACUUCAGCUCAUAGCUAUCUACUCCAGCUAAAAGCACACUGUCCUGUCAAAGCCUUACUUGAAGGACUAAGGCUUAGUCCAUUUCUAUUGCCUCUGCCUUCUGACCGCUUUCAUAAGCAGAACUUGGAAGCUUAUCACUCCACUCUUUUCCGUACUCCAACCCAAGAAUCUGCAGCCACUUUUGGUUUCCACUGCUACACUGGCAUCAAAGGACAUCUUCUGCUUUGCAAUAUAUUUUCCUCUGCAGUUACAUUAAAUAUAUAUAUAUAUAUAUUGGUAGACAUAAGCUGACAGGUUCCAGAAUACAUAUAUCUGCUUACUCCUUCUUGCUUGAUUAACUCUCUCUGCUUCACUGCUUUGUGCUUUGGCAGCCACUGAGAAAAGAUAAGUUUUCUAGGUCCUGCAUCAUUCAAAAUACAAUUAUUCUAGACAUCUAGAUAAUGUAGUCUGCAUACAUCUGUGUGCCAUGCCCUUCUGUAAUAGUAAGGAAUACCCUCAUUAACCUCCAGAUAUUCUUUUGCUUCCUUUGCAAAUUGAAAAAGAUUAACACUUUUGUGCACUGUCUCAUGGGAAAUGUACAAAACACCUUUUAGCCUUUUAGAAUGUUUUCUUAUCAGGUGAUUUCAUAUUCAAGACUUGCAUUUGUUCAGAUGCUUCUUUUUUGUUAUUUAGUUCUUUCUACUCUUCCAUGCUGGGGAAGGGAACUUGUUUGGAUAGUGUGUAAAACCACACUACAUUCUUCCCUUUUUGAAGUUACAGAAAAGAUUGUGAGGGUUUUUUAAUCUUGUCUCAUUGUGUGAAAACCAACUUUUCCCAGGAAGAUGAGUAGAAGUAAAAUCAAGCCUCUUAUUUCUCUCUCUUCAAUCAAAAGUUGAUGGACAUUCAUUUCCUGCAUUAAAAGCUGCAUUUUCAAGGUAAUUGAGAGUGUAUAAAAUUAGUGUUCUGCUUAACUUGCUUUUAUCAGUUCUUCUGGCCAGUAUGUCUACCAUGCUGAAAUCACCUUCUUUUACAGACAUUCUGACAAGAAUAGGCAUAUAACGACUUCCAGCCAGUUUAUGCUGUGUCUGUGUCCAGCGGUACUGUGGAACUGAAGUACUGUGUACAAUUUUAGUGUAACUUUCUAAUCAAGAACUACAGCUGUAGAUUAAAACUCAUUAAGCACUUUAUCAACCUUUUGUUCUCUUUCAGAUGCUACUUCCCUCCAUCAUCAACACUCAGUUGUAUGUUGGGUCAAUAAAAAUGAUUAAAACCACAGCUGGAAAAAUCCAAAAGUCCAGGAAUGUUCACAGAGACAGUGACAAAUAGCAAAGCAAAAACAGGAGGAAGAGAUCAUUUUUCAUUGCUGUGCAAUUAUCUAUCCCACUCCUCUUAUUUAGUUCUUUACACCACCUGCCACCAACUAAUUCCAAAUCAUCCACCUUGUGGACUGUAUAUUCAUCAGCUAGAACAGUAGUGACACAAUUAGCCUUUAGCUGAUUAUAUUUACGGUAGUGGAAGCAUCUUACCAUGCACCUCAGAUAACUAUCCCAAACACUUCUACAGCUCUAAGCCUAAAGCCUCAUGUUGCUGCAAGACUUUAUCACAUUUUGCCUUUCCCAAUCCCUUCAUGGUCUAGGGAAGGAUGUUUACCAACUUUUUACACCCAAUUUCACCCAUUCUUCAAAUGCAAGAUGGCACUGGAAAGAUUGUAGUUGUUGUACUGCUGACUGGGAGAAAUUAAGAUUGUAAAUGUUUUAAUACCAAUUUUUUCAGCUUCACAGUCUGGACAGUUGCUGUUACCUUCUAACCUGUAAAACAAAGCACUCACUGCAACUCAUGGAGGCUGUCCAUAAUUCACAGUGCUUUUCCCACUGGCUACUCUUUCUGGAUCUCCCUACAGAACAAAGAAAAGGCAAGCUGUGUCUGAUGAUCUUAGCUGCUUACUCAAGUGCUUUUUUCAAGGUACAUUUUUCUCCUUGCUUACAGUGAAAUCUCUGUGCCUGUCACAUCAGUGCCUUUAGCAUUUCUCAGUUUUGAAGUAUAUACUAUUCCUGGCCUGUGAAACAGAAAAAGAGCUAAUGACCUUACUGGAGCUCUGCCUGAGCACCAUUAAGUGGUGUGACCAUUGUUCUAGAUGCCAUCAACUUACAUACUGAGCAUUUGGCUGAUAUAUUUUAUAUUUCUUAAGCAAUCUGUAGGUUUCUUAAGUCCUAAGUUGCAAGAAAACUGCAAUGGGAUUCCGUAGUUUAACAGAAUCCUUCAUUCUUCACUCAACAGCUUCAAUCCACCUGAGAUGUUCUAAGUAUAAGCUCAGGGUUGAUGUUCAGCUCAUCUAGGUCACUUGCUAGAUGACUAUCUAAAACAGGAAAAAAAACAAAGCAUCCCCUGGAGAGGUAUUUCCUGACUAAUGGUGAGGGUGGUGUUGUUUGUUUGUUUUUCCUCUCUUUCUCUUUUUUUCUCUUUUCUUCUUUCAUUGUUUCUUUUCUUUAUUGGUUUGUUUUCAAUCCUUCCUUCCUCCCUCCUUCUUCUUCUCUCCCCUUCUUCAUCAUCAACAAGCUCAAAAUUGUCUAAAUUCCUUUGCUAUUGAGUCCAGAAGCUGCAAACUAUUGUUUCAGGCAUCUCCACACUUUGCUUUUGGGUAUCCUUAUGUACCAAUAAUGGAGGCCAUGGAAGAUGUGCAGAGAACCAGCUGCCUAAGACACAAAACUUUCUCCAGCUAAUGCUGUGCAAAUGUAGUGAUAUUUGUCAACAGAUAUGAGAGGACUCAGCAUGAUUCUUGUGCUAACCUUCUCUUUGUAGAAUUCAUUGCUUGUUUUCUGCCCAUUAAUGAAAUAAUUAUUAUGCAUUUCUAGAUUUAAUGCUACUGAAGAAAAACAAUCAUCAAACUGAUGUGUUUUUAAGGAGCUAUAGCCAUGGUCUAUGACAUUGGUUGGAUGGUCCCUCGCCUUUAUUAGGACAGAACAUAUACUUGGUGAUACUAACCUACUCCAGCUCUCCAGUUAACAUCUGAUUGCUAGUUCAAUUACCACUUCCCAGAAGACCAAGAUUGUGCUGAUUUAAAUUUUAUUCUGAUAAAUUUAGUAAAUAUCAAGGACAACACUGUAAAAAUAUGACUAAUGCCAACACUUUCUCAUCCUCUUUUAUUUUCUUUUAAUGUCUAACUCUUAUUUUUCUUCACUGCUAGUAGUGAGUGCCGCUAGCAGCAUUCACAUCUAAUUACUCAGAGCAGGGCACAAAGAACAGAGUGUUCUCGUAAGGCAUUGAUUAUCAACUUCUAUAAAAUAUUUACUGUGGAUUUCCAGAAGAUAUUUGAGGAGGAGCCAGCAGAUUGAAACAUUGAUUCAUGCAUAGCGGUCGGCCUAUGAUGCUCCUUCACUAAUGACUUAACACAUUGCCGUGGUGGCUCACCACAAAAGAAAACACAAAGGAACACAAGAGAAAACAAUGUCAGAAGAGCCUUUGUCAUUUGUUUUCAUAUAGGGUCUGCUGAAAGCAAUGGGAAAUAGAGAUGCAGAUUCACCAACAGAAUCUAUCACAUCACAGCAGAAAUAUUCUGUAUCUACUUCUGUAGGGGGGGUUGAAAAUUUUACUUCCAUAUGAAAAAGCAUGGUGCCAUCAGUCUUAUGGCAUAUUUAUAUAUCUAUAAGAAUUUCAGCCUAUUUGUCUUUUUCAGGGGUUCCAGUACAUAAGACAAAAAUAAAGGCCUUCCUUCAAGACUCAGUGACCUUAAUACUUUUGCCUUUUCUCUUGGGAUUCAUGGUUUUUUUUUUUUCUGGAAAACAGAGAUUCUACUUGUUGACAAUUGUUUUAGAUGCUAAAAAUAAAGCAAUGUUUUUUAUCUAAAACAAAAUGAUGCUUUAACAGAAAAAAAAAAAAAGUCUCCACUUGAACUACAUUUCUUUGUCAAAUUUAACAGUGAAUUUUUGUACCGUGUACCUGUUGUGGCGUACUGAAAGAAACAUGCUUCUUCGUAAUACUGUCUAGGACUAAGACCUAAGUAAGGGAUAAACAUUGUUCUAAUCAAUCCAAUUUACCUAGCAGCUGUUCCUUUAAAUGGCUUUGGAUUGUGACUGACUUGCAGCAAGCACUUGGCUAAUGUUUGUUCACAUUCCUCAAGAGAGAUAUCCAAUUCCUGUGAUCAUGCAUUCCUUUCUACAAACUUUACUUUCUUUUUCUUUUUUUUUUUUUGUUGUUGUGAGUCCUCAAUUUGGUGUCUGAAUGCAUCUGGAGUCCUCAAGGGUUUUCCCAGAAUAUAUGUGAAAUUAGACAAUAACAUUCAUCCAACUCUGUGCUUCAGAGUUGGACACAUGAGAAUACUCUACUUUCUGUCAAGGCAAAUAUUCUGAUCUUCUAAUCAUUUGCUGCUUAUGAAGGACAAAGUAAGACAGCAGAAGAGCUGUGCUUAUGUUUAUUCAUAUGCCUGGAACAGUGUUUCUCAAGGACUGAGUCAGGCAAACCAGGCAGUGACACAGUCAGUUAUUUCCCAGAUAUUCUUUUAUCCAAGUAAUGAAAGCACUGGCCAGAUGAGCCACAACAGCCUCCUUGGUGUCAUCAAAACACUCAACUUUACUUGGAAGCCUAAGCAAGCCUGCAGAUCCUCUUAUAGGGGAACUCAUGUACCCCCCUAAGUAAUUUCAAUGGAUUCUUCACGGCACUUAAUAUUCUAUUAAUGCUGCUUUACCUUCUUGCAGCUUGUGGUACUGCUUGGGAGGGAUGAAGCUGUACUAACACAGUAAAAAGGAUAAAAUACCCACAGUGAGGCUGGUCACUGCUUGUUACUGAUAAUAUAAAAGAGAAUGCUUCUAGGUCUGUCUGUGUCAAAAACUUCCUCAUCAGUCAAGCCACUUGACCAGAGGGCUUUAAGUUAAAAUAUUCUUUAAAGCAAACAAGAGGAGCUUUGAAUCAUGUUCUGGAUGGGUUGAUAACACAUUGAUUGAUGUAAAAGCUUAGGGAGAGCAGAUUUUUAUCAUACAUACUUAAAAUGAGAGGCCAAAAUUUCUAAAUUUUAAAUGGAUAAAAAGUCUUAUACUGACAACAUAUAUGAAAAGUAUUGCUGACAAAGGAAUGUGGAAGAGCAUGCUAGAGAGAUCCUUCUGUUCCAUAUGGACAGGCCAUAUGGGAUCUUUAAAAUCUGAGCUCCUAUGAAAUUUGUGGAAAGCUGAUAAAAUAAUUGUGUGCAGUAGAGUUGCAUAGGCACACCAGGGAAGUAGGACACUGUCAGAGUGCUCCAAAGGGAACAAAAUUUCACAAUAACGCUCUACAAAGCAACACUCCUCUGAACAAGAGUGGAAAUUUUGUGCAGAGGGAUUGCAGUAUCGGUCCCCCAUACUCUCUUCUGUAGUUUUUAAAGAGUCCUGUGAUUCUAUUGUUAUUCAUGCUUAUGUGAAGCCAGUGUGGUUGUCACAAGUAGGAACACAAGACUGGAAGGAACGAGUCCAGUCUGCUGCUAUCACAAGUAAUCACCAACCACUUCAUUCAAUCCAACUUUGAAAUCUCAAUUACUCUUCAAAACAUUUAUUCCAACUUGACUACAUAUGGAUAUUUUUUAUUUUCAGGUGAGUUCAAUUUUACGAAUCACAUAAACUCUGCCAACUAUGUGCCAAAUUGAACUUUCUUACAGAACAAAAAUAAAAUUUUAGAUUUCUAAUCUUCCUUCCUAAGUUUUUCUUAGGGGUGUGUGAUUUCUUUGCUAGCAGUGCAGCUUGUGAUGUCAUAGUGAAAUGAAAGUACGAUUCUGUGCCCAAUGUGCCUUGAAUAAUACAGGUAGCACUAGUACCGGUUCGUCAUUCUAAGUUAGAUAGCCAUCCUAGUGAUCCCUCAGACUGACUUAACCAGAAAAGUCAAACACCUGUGUGCUUCAUCCCAAGUUCUCAAUGACUUUGCCCUAUCACAUCCAUUCCACUUUUCUUUGUGUUAAAGAGUAGGGCUGUGCAUCUAGAAUACUAUUUAUAUUCGUAUUUUGAUCCCAAUAUUUGUAUUUCUGGAUACAAAUAAAUACACAUUGUCAGAAAAUGCAA